AGGUGCCCUCUGCCCAGAUGUCCCGGUUCACAGUGCCCUCUGCCUGGGUGUCCUGGGGUAAUAGUGCCAGCUACCCAUGUGUCCCAGGGUAACGGCGCCUCUGCCUGGGUGUCCUGGGGUAAUAGUGCCAGCUACCCAUGUGUCCCAGGGUAACGGCGCCUCUGCCUGGGUGUCCUGGGGUAAUAGUGCCAGCUACCCAUGUGUCCCAGGGUAACGGCGCCUCUGCCUGGGUGUCCUGGGGUAAUAGUGCCAGCUACCCAGGUGUCCCAGGGUAACGGCGCCUCUGCCUGGGUGUCCUGGGGUAAUAGUGCCAGCUACCCAUGUGUCCCAGGGUAACGGCGCCUCUGCCUGGGUGUCCUGGGGUAAUAGUGCCAGCUACCCAUGUGUCCCAGGGUAACGGCGCCUCUGCCUGGGUGUCCUGGGGUAAUAGUGCCAGCUACCCAUGUGUCCCAGGGUAACGGCGCCUCUGCCUGGGUGUCCUGGGGUAAUAGUGCCAGCUACCCAUGUGUCCCAGGGUAACGGCGCCUCUGCCUGGGUGUCCUGGGGUAAUAGUGCCAGCUACCCAGGUGUCCCAGGGUAACGGCGCCUCUGCCUGGGUGUCCUGGGGUAAUAGUGCCAGCUACCCAGGUGUCUCAGGGUAACGGCGCCUCUGCCUUGGUGUCCGAGGUAACGGUGUCCCCUGCCCGUGCGUCCCAGGGUAAUGGUGUCCCCUGCCCAUGAUUUCUGGGGUAACAAUGUCCCAGUGUCCCUUGCCUGUAUGUUUCAGUGUAAUGGUGUCCUGGGGUAACAGUGCCACCUUCCUGGUUGUCCUGGGGUACCCUGCCCGGGUAACCUGAUGUAAAGGUUACCCUGACCUUGGUAAUGGCGCCUCCUGGCCGGGUGUCCCCUUGUAAUGGUGCCCCUGCCAGGUGUCCAGGGGAAACAUUGUCCCCAGCCCGAUUGUCCUGGGGUGAAGUCGUUCCCUGCCUAGGAGCCCCGGGUAAGGGUGCCCUCUGCCCGGUUGUUUUGGGGUAACAGUGUCACAAGCCCGGGUGCCCCAAGGUAAAGGUGUCCCCUGCCCGGAGUAAGGGUGUCCCUGGUAACAGUGACCGGUGUUCAGAGGUAAACGCAUCCCUGAGUGUCCCGGUGUAACGGUGCCCCCAGCCCGUGUGUUCCAUGGUAACAGUGUCCCCAGCUAAGUGGGAACGGCAGAGGGUGUGGUGAAAGGGUGAUGACGGCUGACCUGUCGGGUCCUGUACGCAGGAGGGAAUGGCAGAGGACGUACUCUAUGAAAAGAUAGCUAAGAAGGGAGGACUGACAGCUGGAGACACCCAGGAGACGGAGCCAAGUAACCUCCUACAGAAACUCCGCAACCGUAUCACGAAAUCGGUGCAGAGUAAAGUGGACAAUAUCCUGGGCGAUGUUCAGAAGUUGACUGACUAUGACAAGCUCUACCUGUAUCUCCAGCUACCGCCGGGACCCAGCGGCCCCGAGAAAAGCAGUCUGGAUGUGAGCUCUGUGACCACGGCUGAACACAUGCAUGCGUGUACAUGGAUCCGGAACCACCUGGAAGAACAUACAGAUACGUGCUUGCCCAAACAGGACGUGUAUGACGCCUACAAGCGCUACUGCGACAACCUCUGCGGGCGGCCCCUCAGCGUAGCCAACUUUGGGAAGAUCAUUCGAGAGAUCUUCCCUAAUAUCAAAGCCAGGAGACUGGGAGGAAGAGGACAGUCUAAAUAUUGCUACAGCGGUCUGCGGAGGAAGAGUAUGGUGAGCAUGCCACCGUUGCCCAGCCUGGACCUGAAGAUGACGGAAAGUUCCGAGCUGACUGAUUUGGUGCAGUCCUACAACAACGAUGUGAUAAAUGCCUCGUGUGCGCUGAUCUGUAACUGGGCGGAGAAGAUACUGAAGAGAUCCUUCAACAACGUUGUGGAAGUCGCUCAGUUCCUCAUUCAGCAGCACAUCAUUAACCCCCGCAGCGCCAAUGCCGAGCUCGUCCUCUCCAUGGUCCUUUCCGAAAAUUCCCAAAGCAUUGGCCAAAAAGUCCAGAAGCAGCUGCCGGAAGGGGCUGGAACUAAGAGGCCGGGAUCCCCUGACAGCGGAGCAGACACAGCCGCAAAGAACAAGAAGAUGAUGAACCCUAAUCCGAGCAGCCCACCACAGGUGAAGAAGCGGCCCCCGGAGCCGCAGAAGGCAGCCAACAGCCCGCAGGUGGAUGCUCUGGUGGCAAGACUGCCCGUCCUCCUACCCCGACUUCCUACAGAGGAGAAGUUUAUUACUAGCAGCCCCCCUGUGCGGUUCUCCCCCCCAGUCCUGGCACCUAGCAUACUCCCUGGUCACCUGAAAGUGUCACCCUUGCCCUUCGCUGCUGUCCCAUCCGGAGUGCCUCUCACAGUGACAACGGGAGUGAAUGGGACUGGACUAGUCUCUCAGUCAGUGGCACCUCCUAUGAUCAGCAUGAUCCUUCCCGAUAUGCUCAACCUAGAAACCCACACUCUUCCAAAGUCUAGCCAAAAUGGCACCAAAGACCUGGUGGUAGUAGCAGCGGAAAAUAAAGGAGCCAAGCGACUUGUCCUUCCGUCAUUAGCCUCUUCAGACGAAGGACAGUCAAAACGUAAGCGGGGUCGCCCAAGGAAGGUGGACACGUCUCUAACCAUUCCUUGCAAAACGCCCUCCCAAGGAAACUCCGCUCUGGAGAGGACUGUUUCUGAGACCCUUAACCCGUCACUCAGUACGGACAGCGUCCAGGACCCCAGCACCUCCUCACUCCCACUGGAAGAAAACUCCUCAAUUAUCAGUGCAAACUUGAGGCCGCAGAGUCACCCGGAGGCCAGCGAUGAUCCCCAGCUCACCUCUCCUAGAGCAGCAGAACCAUCGGAAGCCUCGCUUGGCUAUGACGCAAAGAUGACGGUAGAGACUGUGCCAAACCAAGUCAGCGUGAUCCAAGAUGGAAGGCAGAGCAUGGCACAGAGGACAGUGAGGUUCUGAGGGAGCGCGCAUAUUGCUCUCAUUGCUGUUGUACAAUGUCUGCAUAGCAGAGCUACCGGGGGAUGGACGUGGGAGAAGAGCCAUCGCCCCUGUGGUUUGUGUUACUCAAAGUGACAUAUAAAUAUAUAAAUAUACAACUUAUCCCACAGUGUCAGGACUGUACAGGGGGCACUCCAACAUAGGCGCUCCUAUAUCUGUCUUGUCUAUUCCUGAUCAGGUCAUGCCAUAGAUUUAUAUGUGCUUAUAGUCAUACAGGGGAGGCCACUCUUGACUCUCCAUUGGCUGCUGUGGAACUACAAGUCCCAGUAUUCGUCACCACCCAGAGGGGUUAUGCAGCCCCACACCAGCCAGAGAGCCACGUUAGAGGCCAUCAUUGUGAGGGAGCCGGGCGGACAAUGGGCUGUACCUGGUCAGGUAUAGACGUUCACGCUUCUGACGGUAUGAGGACUUCCCCAACAUGUACAAAUGUCAUAUAUUCAGUGUGUCUGUGUUUCUGCUGAAUGCGUUUUAUAAGGUUAUUACAGUCACCAAUGUAUAUACGGAGCCCCGAGGGUAGACCUCACACAGCUAAACGUAUGUGCCAUAUACUGCAAUGGAGGUGAACCAGACAAUAAAGGGGAAUCCAACCAGUAA